AUGCGCGACGUGCAUAGCAACACUGGGAAGGCAGAGGAGAAGAGGGAUCGUUUAUGCGCAUUUUUGGGACGAAAAGAGAAAAAUCCUCUAAACAGACGCUCAGGAAUCAUGGGGAGUGUGUUCCUGCCGGCGGACGCGGCCCACUCGGUGCUGCACAGGCUGCGCAGGGCCAACUUCUUGCUCGAGGAGAUGAAGCAGGGGAACAUCCAGAGGGAGUGCCGCGAGGAGAUCUGCACCUAUGAGGAGGCCCGCGAGGCUUUCGAGAAUGACGAGAAGACGAGGCGGUUCUGGGAGGAAUAUGUGCGGGAGAGCAGUCCAAACGGAGGGCUGGAAACGGUGGUGGGAGGAGUCCAUUCUCUCUACCUGAUUGUGCCGUUGCUGCUGGUUGUGCUCAUCAUCAUCGCCGUCGCCAUCACUGUGUGGCGCUGCCAUUCCCGCAAGCGCUCGCAACGCAGCCCCAGCCUGGGUCACUCGCACCACGACCACGUCCUUUCAGUGGUCUCUAUGGACCAUUGGGGGAGGGAAUACCACCAAGGGGACCAUUCAGAACUCAGUGUGCACAGCAGCCCCGCCUAUCAGGGCUCAGAGCUCACAUCAGGGAGAGGAGGCACCGGAGACCCGCCACCAUCCUAUGAGGAGGCUGUGGGCCAUACAGACGUCCAGAUAGAGACGGAGCCACCGCCGCAAUACGAGGAUAUAGUCAACACUAGCUCUGGCGGCCAUGGGAAGUAAAGUUGCUCUCACUACCACCCCAACAGAAGCCCUAACACACACUAAGAGCCUCUGAUAAAUGAGCAGAAUCACUGUUGAGGAAUCACCAGCCUUUUCCCUUCACACAGAGACACUUUUAACCGUUCAGUGGACUAACACAAUGUCUGCCCGGUGCCAGCACUGUUGAAGUUUGCACUAAUCUUUCAUUGAUGAGGUGAAGUAAUAGCAGGAAGGAUGUUGCAAUCCCAAAACCAAUCAGCCUCCUCUGAUUUUCCUCAUCUGUUGCUUUCACACUGUCGCAAAUAUUUAACUCGGCAGGCAUAACAAAUGUUGCAUGUGGGGAAUAAAAGGGUUCAGAUUGCCAUAAUGGAGGACAACUACUCUAAAAGUGUAUACAAGGGUUGGACCAAUGCUUUAUUGAAGGGUUAGUGCCAAUUUUGUAGGCUUUAGUGUUCGUUAGUACAUAUUCUGCACUUACAAUUGAAUACCUUUUUGGAAUUCAACCUUUUUGUUGUAAAAAAAUAUGGUAUUUUCUACGGUUUGGCCCCAGUCCGUACCCAUUCUUUGCAAGAGUUUCUAUUCAUUUUUUUCUAACUAGCAAGGAUUGAUUUUACAAAUGCAAAAAGUAAUCCCAAUAAAAAAAUGUGAAUCUGUUGUAAAUGCCUCUGAGCUACGGGCACAACUAUGAAUGCAAAUACUUUUUACUUGCUAGAGAACAGUCUUUUACAUUUGGAAGACUGCAUGCUUUUGCUAAAAUGUUGCCUAGCACAAUUCUGAAAGAGCCGUUUUUGUUACAAUAAGUGAUUUUUGACAACCAGAGGUCAGAAAGAGAGAAGCAAGUACAAAAUCAAGCAAUCAUUGUUUGCUUACAGGUUUGUGUGUCUAACCUGUAAGCAAACAAUGAUGUAUCUCUCUGCAGGUUCACCCCACCUUAAGUUCAAGAUUUACUCGUUAGCUCUGGCCUGGUCGACUGACUCCUAACACCAACAUUUUGUGAGUUUACUUUUGCUGUUUUAUGAUGGGCAAGUGGUAGAUGCUUGUUUUCUAAAUUGUAAUUUCAAUUAACACUCUUGUCUUCCUAUCAACUGUGCCACUUCAUUAUAAAUAAUCACCCAAAUCUAUGUUACACCGUUUAAGCCAACUUUAUUCUGACCAAGUUUUACUUUCUUUUUUUUAAUUGAUGGUAAAUAGACCUCAUUUACAUAGAAUUAAACCUCAUUUCUGAGUUAAAAAAGGCAAACAUGUUAAACGUAUUUACAAAAUGACCCCAGAAGAUCACAGAUGCUAUACAUUUGAAUAAAACCCAAAACUUAAUGAAAGUGAUCAUACUUAUUUUCAAAAACGUGCAUGAACAUAGAACAAACCUUUAUUCUAACAUAAAAACAUUUGGAAACGUUUCAAAUUCGACCGGAGGACAACAGGACGGUUACAUUUAAAUUACUGCUCACAGUUUUGUAUUGGGGGUUAAAGGGAGUCCUGAGACCCAGCAUUUAGUAAAUGAUCAGGUUUCACAACCUAAAACAAUCAUCGUUUUCUACAUUUAUUUAAUUAUUUAAAACAAUCUAAUUUUACAGGUUUAAAAAGUCAAGAUGCCAAAGGAAUGCAUUGGUCCAACCUCAGAAUACACUUGAUUGUUUUGGAGAUUAAAAUGUAAGAUAAAACCAGCAGUUAUAAAGGGGUGGUGAAAUGUGUGUGUGUGUCGUAUGUGCUUACAGUGUGGUAAUGCAUGCAGCUGGGUCUGUUCUCAUGAGGUUGGAUGUGGCUCUGCUCAGUCUGUUGAUGCUCAGAGCUCCCAUGGCCUUCUCCGGUCUGUCGGCAUUAACCAGAGCCUGCUUUAACUGUGAAAUGUUUCCCUACUCUUUCCUCUAAAGCAAACGUAACCGUGUUGGAAUUUAACACAGUCUUCUGCUGUGCCACUUUCACUAAAAGCACACUGCGGAUUCUCACAAUAGGUUUUCAGCUACACCAUUAAUGAGUUUUGGGAGUGACUUGCAGAUGAUUGUGGGACAGGAAGCAAUAGAAACAGACCCUUUGGAAAAUGUUUAAAAGAGGGAAGAGAUGUUAUUAACGAUACUAUGGACAAAUUUAGCAUGUGUAAUGUACCUGUAUAUAAAUAUGUAUAGUCUUGACGUGUGAAGGUGAGUUACAGUGAUUGUUUUUCAAUGCAGUGACACAGGGAUCUCUAUUAUACAGUAGGUUUGGAUACAUGAAGGCACUUUGUGUUUGAGCUCAAACUGAGCUGCUGGAUGAAAACCAGGACCCUGGUUUGACGUCUUCAGCGUCACUUUCAGCCAUUACAAUGUCACUGUAAUCUUCUGGAGAAAAAGUGCUCAUACUCUAUAUGCAAUGUUGCUGCAUACACUCUAAAAACCAAAUAUAUCUGUCUAAUAAUACUCAUACAUGUCACAUUUCCUGUCUACACCUCAGACGUGGAGCACUGAUUAUUAUACUUUGUGUGAGUUGACCUGUGAACCUCAGCACCUGCAAUGACCUUUAACUGAGUUGGGGGGGGGGGGGGGCAGCCAUUUUGGUAAGGUCAGUUGUUGUACUGUUACUUGCAGAGCCCUUUUUUUACAAUGCUUUAUUAAACAAAAUGUUAUAUAACAUUUACUGCAAGAAAAGUUGUAAUAAGUCCUUGAUAUGUGCAGAAGCUUGAAUUAAUUUGUAAUAAAACACGAAAAAUGUGCAA